UCUCUGAAUGAGCCAAGAUGCCGGGGUUGAUGGUGGUAUCGUUGCCACUGCUUAUUAGGCAUGUACCACAUCCAAGACAAACACGAACUCAUUUAACUCUGCUCAUUGUUGUCUACAAUAAGCAUGAUGUUAUUUUAUACAUAGUUUGCAUAGCUGGGGUUUAAAGGUUCAAAUCAUGCCCAGAUUUGAACAGAUUGUUUUCUUUGUAAAGUAUUGUCUUUCUAGAUCCCAAAAUUCUGAUUGUACAGUCAGUGUGACUCUGGAACCCGACACAGCCCAUCCUGACCCAGCACUGUCUAAAGGUCAAAGACGAGUGACUUACAGACAAUGCCACAAGAAUCUUGAGGCUUCUACCAAGAGAUUUUCUGUUUUGCCCUGUGUUCUGGGCUAUAAGGAAUUUACUUCAGGGAGAUAUUACUUCGAAGUGUCUGUUGAGAAUGCAACCUCUUGGGAUGUGGGAAUCUGUGUAGAGGAUGUGUUAAGGGGCUUUGACAUGAAGAAGGAGCCUGAGUUUGGAUUCUGGACCACCAGGAUGUGUGAAGAGGAUGGGCUUGCAGCCCUCACUUCCACCCCUACUCCCCUUCACCUGCGUGAGAAGCCACAGCUCGUGGGAGUUUUUCUAGACUAUGAGGCUGGAGUUGUAUCCUUUUACAAUGCAAUCAGUGGUUCCCAUAUCUUCACCUUCUCCAAGGCUUCCUUCUGGGAUACUCUGAAGCCCCUUUUCCAAGUUUAUGAAAAUACUUCUUUGUUUCUGCCUGCCAGAAUUAAUCAAGGGAAGGGGUAAAGUCCCCAUGGUGUAAGUAGCCCAGAAAAUGCAUAAAUCCCAUAAGGCAAAAACUUGGAUUUUUUUCAUUGCCGUUCCAAUGCUUUUAAUGAACUUUCAAUAAAUGUGCUCCGAUUUGGUUGAUGGAAAGGGUAAAAAUACCAUACAUGGCCAAUUUCAGUGAGAUGAAGGCAAAAUAAUAGUGAUAAUUAUAUCUUUUCAUCUCCCUCCCUUUUGUACAUCGGUUCUCAACCUUCCCAAUGCUGCAGCCCUUUAAUACAUUCCCCAUGUUGUAGUGACACCCAAUUAUAAAAUUUUUGUUGCAACUUCAUAUCUGUGAUUUUGCUACCGCUAUUAAUCAUAAUGUAUCUUCAUAUGAAUGGAGACAGUGGCUUGCAAGAGGGGUAGUGAUACA